AUGAUACCAGUAAUAAUUUUACAGAAAAUGCUCCAAAGGCGUUUAAGGUAAGAUUUUAAAAAAUUGCUGUAACUAAUAGUUAAGAAUUGGAAUAGUUCAAUAUUGUCUAUUGACCAUUGAAAUGAAUAUGUAGUUCAAGAUAGAGGGAAUUGCAACAAAUACAAAAUGCGAAAACUGAUAUAAUAAUGCAUAUAUAAGUAUCUACUCUCUCAAGCCAAUCAAUUUAUUUUAUAGUCUAGCCGCCAUUAUUUUGGCAACGUUGUCUUACAGCAACGCAUCAUUGUUCAACAGUCAACCACAAUUCACUAUAAAAGCUGAGAAAAACAAAGCAUUUGACGAAUCCUGUCUUAUUGGAACGUUCAACAUUGAAAGUGGAAACAUAGCAGAUCGUCUGGAGCACUGUUUGGAGAACUGUCGGUGUCAAUCGUUUCAAAUUUGUCAAGACACAAAAUGUCAACUGUGUUCCAGUCACAAGCAAGAGAACAGUUCAUUGCUUCAUGAGAAAAAAGACUGCAUCUAUGCUAUGUACGAGAUGCGAGAUUGA